UGGUGCAAUGGUAUCUUCCACAGACGUCACGUCAUUGUCCAAGAUGGCUGCCCGAGAGAAGAUGUUGUUGUUGUGCGCUGUCUUCUCGGCGAUUUUCUUCUCUUCUGUCUCCGCCGCUAUCCCGCACGGGAUGCUGGUGGAAGAUGCCACCAGUCCCAUGGCUGUGAAGAUGGAGAAGGCACUGGAAGAAACCAUUCUGGUAGAGGUGCAGGAGGAGGCCCUGGCAGAGCAGAUACCUGGAGAGUUGGAGGAUAAAGUCAUCAAGGUUGAACUGAAGGUGACUGUUCACAAAGGCCAGGUAAAGGUGAAUGACCUGCCGGUCAUCACCCCAGGGAUCACCCACCUGACCUGUGAUGCUCAGAUAUUCCAACCAACUUCUGAGGGGAAGCUGACUCCCCAGGGCGUGGCGACGGUUGGUGUGCGACUGCUGGUGCUGCAGCGGGGCGCAAAACAGCUGCACAUCGAGGAGGAAGUCACCUCUGUCAACGGCACAACUGUCCUACAGGGUGUUGUGCAUCAGGUGCUGAUUGUGUUGAGUGAGAAGCAGAAGGAGCUGAAGCGGAUGGUGUCCCACGUCAAACUGGAACACAGCAAGGUCCAUCAGCUCUCUGCAGACAGUGUGGUCCAUGUGGCCAAGCAAGUUAUCAAGACAUCGACCAUGGGCCAUGCUGAGAUGACCAGUAACCAGCAGGAGGCAGUGGACAUUGCCCCAGAGAUCAGUACAGAGGAGGUGGCUGCCCCUGGCAAGCUGCCCGAGACCCCCCUGCGGGCUGACCCCCCCUUGAAACCCACCACCUUCCACUCGCUGUGCAGUCGUAUGGAGGAGCUGAGGAACCAGAUGUGCGUGGCGUUCCGACAGAUGUGUGACGAGUUCAACCUCCAGUCGUUCUACGUGCGGCUCCUGACCCUCUGCCUGAUCUGUGCCAUGACGGUGGUGAUAUGUCUGUCCUGUGUGAAGGCUUUCUGUCCUGGGGAGGAACUCUCUAAAGAAGAGAAGAUCAAGCUGGGUAUGCUGUGUGAGCAGUGCGAGCUGAAACACAACGAAGAAAGAUACAAGGUUCUGAAGCAAUAUGAGUUGGUAUAGAAGGUUAGGGUUGGGACAGGAUGAAGGAAAGAUAGUAAUGACAUGCAGAGAUUGUACAGCCUCCCUGCACAACUGGUUAAAACUGCAGCAUUUUCUGUGCUCUGUGCCUCUAGUUUAAUUAGCUGGUUGUGUUAUGAUUCCUUUGAUAACGUUAAACUAGCAUAGAUCUCCUAUUUGUGUAGUAUAAGUGCAUAACACAAUUGCAGAUCAUCAGAAUCUAAUAUUUAAGAUUCCUUCUGGUUUUUGAUACAUCCAUGCAUUUAACCUGAAACAGAAAGAAAAGUACUCAACUCGACUGUCUUCUAUAACAGUGUAGACACUUAUAAGUACAUAAACCCAAGACAUAUUGGGAACACAUUCUGUUCAUUAUCUAUAUAUACAAUGUAUAUGCAGUGUAGAAAAUGCUGCAGUUUUUUUGCUUAGAGUCAUACUCAUACCACCUUCAGUUAGUUAACAUUGCUGAAAAAGGAUGCUUAAUGUUAAACGUGGCAUAGUAUAUAGUCCUUUUUUGUGGUAAGUUAUUGUAUUGUGUAAGGUACGUCUUCUAAUCAUAUUUGCUUAUUGAUGGUUUAAUGGUAUAUAUAAAUUUAAUGUUGUAUCUUGGGAUGAUGAGAAAAGUUUAUCGUUAAUAGGCAACUGAAAUGGAUUGAGUAAAUUUGAGUGAGCUUUAGUAAGACUUGCUUAGAUAGAGGGUAUGAAAUCUGUUAGGCUUGUUAAGGAUUAUCAACCAGAACAUGGUUUGAAAAUUGUAGGCAUAAAAUUUGUACAAAGGUUUAAGUCUAGGUAAUGUGAAGUACCCAGAGACUGUACACAGUUACAUGAGAUGUAAUUGUAAAGAAGUAGCCAAAAUGAAGCUGAAUGCCACACAGUCUUAUACUACACAGUUGUCAAGGGUCAUAGUGGCUUAUACUCUACUAAUGAUAACAUUAUUACUGAUAAAUAGCCCAAGGAUUAUCAAUCAAAUUUAGGGUGCAGGCUACCCAAUAGUCUUCCUUAUAUUAGGAUACAGAUAAAGUUGUACUAGUCUUUUGGGUGCUAAAUCUUAGCAUCUUAUGCAGGACAGGAUACACUUGUAUGUUUAACUAGACAUACAAAAUGUAUGGCAAUCUUUCUGCUUCUGUGUUGAAUGAGUAAGAAUGGGUGCAUCAGAUGGAAAGUUGCAGUAAUUCUCAGAGUGAAAUUUCACCUGAAGUUCUAAUUCACAAAACAACAAAAACAUGAUAAUUCUACACUGUAAAUGUCUUUGCAAAGCAAAGUAGUUAUGUCAAACAAUAUCUUAUGAUUAGUUCAAAAGUCAGCAAGCAUACUUCCUUCAUUUUAUGAACAGAGGGCUUGCAAAUAGUGUCUAAACCGGGACCAGGAAGAGGAAUUUAUCAGCAUUUGUACAAUUCUCAGAGUAAGUUGUAAGUAUGCACAGAAGAAAAAACGCUUGGUACUAAUGUAGACCUGUGGAAAUUGCCUAUAGUGAGGAGAGAGCAAGCUAACUAUAAAGAUAUUUACUCAAGGUUAGGAGGCAACUAACAGGACAAUAUUGUUUGAUAUGAUAAUGUUGGGAUUUGGAUAGGGUAAGUGAGUUAAAGAUAAUGUUGUUUGCUAUUGUAUUUGAAAGUAAUAGUCAUUUUAUUGUGUUUAACGUAACAUGUAAGGAAACAUGAAAAUUGUGUAUAGUGUAUAUUGUUCUUAAUUUAUGCAUUCACCCUUAUCCAUCAUGUGUUGUGGCUAUAAACUAAUAUGGCAAUGUUAUGGAAUGAUAAUAAAGCCUAGUUCUGGUUGGCACAGACACUCAAAAGGUUAAGAAAAGCAGGUAAUAUUUCACAUUUACUGAAGUACCAGUUUGUCUUCAGGUUUUGGAAAAUCAACUAAAUUCUCUGGACCAUACAGGUUUCAACAAGACAAAGAAGGAUCUGUUAGAAUGCUGUCCUGUACUGUGCUUGGUCAUAUUCAGUAUCACCAUGGAUGUAAGAGUGACUGCAGUAAACUAACUUUGUCCCUCUUUCAAUUUCCUUGCUUUGUGCAAUGCCAUCAUUGACUCACAAAGAUAUUGGAGGAAACGGCAUCGCUUUGUGUUGGAAAGGAUAUGUAACAACAAAGGUGUUCAUGAAUUAUUCCUGGUUGGAAAUACACAAGAAACACAAAUCUGUAUCACUGCCUUCCAGACUUUGGUCUUACUGUCAAAGAAGUACUUUUUAUUGAUGGCAAGAAACAUUAUAUGGGUUCUCUUUACAUUAUCAUCAAGAUGAUGGAAUAACCACAGUAUUAACUGAUCACUAGAAUAAUUCUUUGACCUGUCCCCAUCAUCUAGUACAUUGUACAUGUACAUGAAGAUGUAUUGUCAUCAAAAAGAUCCAUGUGUAAUAUAACAUUGAAGGUAACUUACAGAAAACAUUUAGCAUUGUGUUCAACUCUGCCUGUCACUGAUGUUCUAAAUGUUGUGGGAAACAAAUGGCAAUAUUAAAUGUGGAAGAAAAAGAC